AUGACGUCCUCGAACCCGUCGAUCAUGGACGCCACCAUACGGAACAAGCUGCUGAAGAAAUAUCGGACUCAAGUUGCUUCGGCUACUUCGACCGUUUGCGCGACUCUGGCAGUGACCCCGCUUGAAAACCUGAAGACCCGUAUGCAGACUCAUAACUUCAAGAACAUCACCGAGUGUGCCAAGUACAUCUGGCGUACCGAGGGGAUCCGUGGGUAUACAGCCGGUUUGCUCCCUCCGCUCAUGAGUGUCACUUUUGUGCGCGUGGUCAGCUUUAGUACCUAUCAGGUCGUCAAGUAUGCCAUCUCGGAUGAGUUCGAGAAGCACACCGGAGUGUCGCCUUUGGUGUAUUACAACGAGCGAGGCAGUACUCCCACUUUGGCCACAAUCACAACCUUCACCGUUGCGGGGAUGUGCGCCGGGCUUGCAGCGUCCCCGUUCGCAUGCCCUUUCGAACUUGCGAAGAACGUGGUGCAGACAUCCGUUCUCAUGUCUCACCGUUCUCAGGCGUCUCCCAAUGCUGUGAAAGACCCGACCCUUCGUACCCUACCACGUCUGGGAACGAUCCAGGCGUUCAAACAGAUCAUUAGUCGUCAUGGGUUUGCUGGACUGUAUACCGGGUAUCACCUCCACGCGACGCGUGACACGAUUGGAACGGGUCUGUAUUUUGGCGUUUAUGAGACGGUGAAGCAGAUCAUUGCAAAGGAGUUGGGUGAGCAGCAGUCGCCAUUCGGUCCUCCCCUGGUUGCCGGAGCGCUCUGUGGUACCGUCCCUUGGCUUGUGACCUACUCCCUUGACACCCGCAAGACUCGCGCUCAGAGCGUCCUCCUCGGAAAGUCGAAGGAAAUUGGCGAGGCUACUGUAGCGGUAGCCCGAUCCAGCAUGUACAAAGGACUCUCCGUUUCGCUGAUGCGAACCAGUGUCCAGAAUAUGAUCUUGCUCAGCCUCUUUGAGUAUGUAAAGACCAAGAUCAACAACCUGGAGAGCUGA